AUGGUCCAAAAAAAUAGUAAGAGUGAAGAGGAGAAUAAAAAUUUAUUAUCAACUCAUAAAUCUUCUCAAAAUGAUAGUUCUGUUAUAAAAGAUAAAAAUAUGAAUGUUAAGAAAGUAAAUGAUCAACCCGUUGAUUCAUCAAAAACAAAUAAUACCAAAGCAUUUGAAUCUGUAGAAGAGAUUAUUUUAAAGUUAACAGACAAGAUUAUUGCAGAAAAAACAAUCAAAAAUGAAAAAAAUAAAUUAAUAAAUUCAAGCAAAGAAUCUGAUAUUAAUGUUGCACCAAAAAGAAAACCUGUAUCUGUUUAUCUUGCUCCAAUAGAUGAUAUCAAGCCAACAUUAAAUGUUAAAGAUACAUAUGCUAAUGAAACAUUGAAUCAAAAUGCUUUAAAUCGUGAUAUUAAUUUAUACAAUGGUAAUAAUUGUGCUUCUAUUGAAAAAUCACAAUCUUAUGAAAAUUUGAAUCUUGGAACACCUAAAGGAAAAAAGAAGACUAUUUUUGUACCAAUAAAUAAUGGUUCAUAUAACUUAGAUGUGACUCCUCCUUCAGUAAUAAGUUCUGAUAAUGUUAAUGAAAAAAGCAGUAAACAUAAAACUAAUCUUAGCAUGUUUACAAAUACUUCAAUUCCUCAAUUAGCGACUAAAAAGAAAUCGCAAAGACAUAUCUUUGAAGAUCAACUUCAAGUUUGUAGUAAGGUAUCUACUCCUAUAAAUCAAAGAAGUUUAACUUCCGUUUCUGGAAAUUCAACUUUAACUGCAAUAGAGAUAUUAAAAAGUAAACAAAAAAGUUGUAAAUGUAAACAUGUAACAAGUGAGAAUAUGAAAAUUAUAGAUAAAUCAUUUGAAAAGGUAUAUGAAAAUAAUUGUAAAACUUGUUCACAAUGUUCUUCUUCAAAGAAGCGUGAUACACGCAAAGAUAGAAAAAAUCAGAAAUUAAAUCAAAAAAAUUCUACUUUAGAAGCGAGCAGAAAUAAUUCAAUGCCGAGAACAUCAAUGUGUUCAACAGCUAGUUCAUUUGCAAAUACACAAAAUUUAUCACAAAAUAUUGAAAAUAAGAGUCAAUCAAAUGAAAAUGUUUAUACUUUAGCACCUAGUAGAAACCGUAAUAGAUUUAUUGAUAUUGAUAGUGGUAUUGAUAAUCCCUUAUUUAAUGAUGAUGUUUCUAUGUUUCCAUAUACAUGCAAAGUAACAAAUACUCCUUCUAAUUUUGUUCCAUGUACAAAUAUUUUAUAUCAAAAUGACAACAAAAAAAUUAUGCCUUUAAAAAGUGAUAUGGUUGAAUUAUGUUAUACAAAUAUUAGUGAAAAAAAUAAAAAACCCGUAAUAAAAGUUGAAUCACCCAAAAUUCCUAGAUUUUAUGAUAUGCAAAUUCAUAAUAACGAAAAAAAAAAUUAUCAAAAACAUGAUCAAAAUAAUUUGAAAAAAAUGAAUGGAAAAUUUUUUAAUAUGAAUGAAAUGGUUAAUAACAAAGUUGUCAAAACAGCUGAAUCUCUUUCAACAUUAAAAGACAAAAGAACUUUACUAAAAACAACUAAAUCAAAUACAGGACCAUCUUCUUUAAAAACUAUUUCUACAGCUUCUAAUGGUCAAAUAAAUAAUUGCCUUCAAUCUACCAAAAAAUCUUCUGAUUUUGACUUUAAUACAGCUGUUGCUAAUGAAUCUGAAGAUAUUAUAACUGAUAGCUUUGUUCCAUAUAAUUUAAGAGGUUCUUCUAAUAAUCAAAUUAUAACAAAUCAAUACAUUAAUGAAAAUAUUUCUAAAGAAUGUAAAAAUGUUAAUGAAACAAAGUCUAAUGAAAUUUUAGUUGUACUUGAUGAUGAUAAAGGAAAUAAAGUAACAGUUAAUAUGACAAAUAUUAUUAAAAGUAUAAGUAGUAACAACGAAGCACUUUCACCACAAGCUAUUUUUAUAAAUGGUAGUCAAAUAUGGAAAAAAUUAUAA